AUGGCCGAAGCAAUCGGUGGCCUCACUGGGUCUCUGCAAGGCCAGAUCCAGGGCCUUGCAAAUGGAGCACAAUCUUGGCUCGACAAGAUAGUCCCUCCUGAAACCCGUAGCAAGAUCAUGGCCUGGAUCAUGAAAUUCAUCAAUGAGAAGCCUAUGCUUGCUUCCUUCUUAGCCUCCCACAUCGCCAUCUCCGGCUUCCCACUCGGCCUCUUCAUGGUAAUGACUAUAGCCGUCGCCCUCUUCGCCAUCAUAGCCGCACUCCUCCUCGGUCUCCUCGCUGCUCUUGUCUUCAUAGUCCUCUGUGUCGGCUUCGCCCUCAUCUUCCUCCUCCCUACCCUCUUCGUCACCACCGCGAUCGCAACCUUCAUAUUCCUUUGGGGCGUGGGCACGUACUACAUCCUCAAAUACUUCAACGAGAAGGAUAUUCCCGGCAUCCACAAGCCUUUGGGUGAAGGAUUGUCGAACGAGGCGAAAAAUUAUGCUGAGGUAGGGCAGAUCCAGGGAUAUGGCCAAGAUUCGAUUCUUGCACAGAAGGAGAUUGUUGGGAAGGGAGAGCCUAGUGAGGAGGAGAAGCAGGGGAUGAAACAGAGGGAGGAGGUGGAGAAAGAUACUGUGGGUAAAGUUACUGGCAAGGUGCCGGGUGGUGAUCAAGUGGACCAGGCGACGAAGAAAGUGCCGGGGAGGGAUCAGGUGGGGAAGGGAGUCGAUGGGGUAGGGGAGAAAGCGAAGCCGGUGGGUGAUGGGGUGAAGAAGGUCGGCGAGAAGGAUCCGACAGGACUCGCCAAUGGAGUUGGUGGGGUCACGAAGGGGUUGACGGGAUGA